AGUUCUUGAUAGGAAGUUGUCACAAGAACAAACAUGAACAAUCGUCGAGUUUGGCAAGUCGAAUACAGUUGCGGAUGGAACUUAUACACGAUGAAAUUUAUUGGAAUUUGGCCGGAGGAAAGAAGGAUCGAUCGAAUUUCAAGCUACAAAGUUUUAAUAGGGAUUGCCGUCAUCACAUUUUUCUGCACUAUACCUCAAUACUGUCAGCUUUAUAUAGAUCGACAUAAUUUCGACUUAGUUAUGGAAAAUUUAUCGGUAGACAACCUAAAUGGAACUAUCUCGAUCAUAAAAAUGAUCUUCUUUUGGUCAAGCGGGGAAACAAUAAAGGGUCUCCUUUCCGCAAUGGAAGUAGAUUGGAAAGAAGUGUCAUCGAAAAAAGAAGAACAAAAAAUGAUGAAACUCGCGAGAUUAAGCAGAAUUUUAGCAACGAGAGCGACCGAAAUAAGUUAUGCACUUAUCUCGGUUUACAUUUUAAAAAAAUGCGUCGCGAUACAUAACGAAGGUCGAAUACUAUUUUUCCUAUCGUAUUAUCCAUUUAAUUCAAUGAUUACUCCAAUGUUUGAAAUUACGUUCGUCGGUCAAGCGAUUGGUACAGUUUAUUUUACAACAGUAUAUACCGCAAUUGAUACUUUCUUAGUAAUGUUGAUCCUUCACGUGUGUGGACAACUUUCGAGGCUACAAGAAGAUCUGAUUCAUUUAAAUUCUACUACAAGAGAAGAAUUUCACAAUAAGUUAAGUUACAUCGUAAGAAGACACGAUUUUUUAAACAGAUUCGUCGACACGAUUGAGGACCGGUUCAACAUAAUGCUACUUUUUCAAAUGAUUGGUUGUACGCUGCAAUUAUGCAUGGAAUGUUUUCAAGGGCUUAAGUUAAUGGCUGGGGAAGGUGAAAAAAUGCCAUUGAUAGAAAUGUUUUUUUUCGCGUUCUACGUCUUCUAUGUUCUACUUCAAUUAUAUCUAUACUGCUAUGUCGGUGAAAAACUUUGGACCGAGAGUACUGAAAUUGCUCGUGCUGCUUACGAAUGUAAAUGGUAUGAUUUAUUACCCCAUGAAGCUAAAUCACUGAUAUUGAUAAUCCGUCGUUCACGAUCACCUUUAUGUCUAACUGCAGGCAAAUUCUGUACCUUUAAUCAUGAACUUUAUAGUAGCGUUUUGAAAACAUCAAUGGGAUAUUUGUCUGUUUUACGUACUACAAUGAUGAAAGAUAAUUAAUAUUCCCGAUUUUUAUUCUAAAGAUAUAAAUUAUUAUACUAUCCUAUAGUUAAAUAUUUUCAAAAACAAAAUACGUAGAUUAUAUUUUAUUCGUAAUUUAGCUAUAAUUCUUGAAACCCAUUUAAA